UAGUAUUAAAAUGUAAAUUUGUAUAAUUUGGCGAGUGAUUCUCACACGAUCCGAGGCGCGCGUUCCUGAAACAAUACAUCCCCCAAUUAUUGCCGCUUUCCUCCAAAGCAACCUGGUCUGUCUCAUGUUCAUCAACUUGUUCUUCCUCUUUGAGAUCUCCUCUGUGCUUUGAUUAAAAUGUGAUCUUUGUUCUUGUCAGCCUGCCUUGUUUGGCUGGCUCUUUUCUUUUCUUUCCUUUUUCUGUUUACUCUAAAAUAAAGAGAAUAAAAAGUUGCAGCUCCUUUGUAACGAAGAUGAUAUCAACUUCUUCAUCCCAAAAGAAAAACCUUCAAUCCCUUUUAGCCACCAACCUCAAGAAACUCACCAUAACUCCUCCUCCCAACAACGAUUUUGAAUUCGCCGAGGUUUUUGGCCCUUUAACCCCUCAACAACAACAUCACCAUCCCAACCCCACCCAAUCACCAUCCUCCACGUCAUCCCCAUCAGCUUUUCUCGGGGACCCUCAAGUCAUCCACACCAGGUCCCACUCUUACGUGGGCCCUUCCCCUCGUUACACCCUCUCUUCUUCCCCCCCUUUCCAAAUCCAAGAAAUCCAGGAAACUGAAACCGAAAAUGAAGCUGAAGCUGAAGCUGAAGAAGAAGAAGCAAAGACCAAAUUUGGGCCCGAGGAUUUUGAGAUCAUGAGAGUUGUUGGAAAAGGAGCUUUUGGGAAAGUUUUUCUAGUGAGGAGAAAUGGAAGGAAUGAUGAGGAAGGUGAUGGUGAUGGGAUUUUUGCUAUGAAAGUUAUGAGGAAAGAUACAAUCAUUAAAAAGAACCAUGUCGAUUACAUGAAAGCUGAGAGAAAUAUCCUCACUAAAGUUGUUCAUCCCUUUAUUGUUCAGCUUAGAUACUCUUUCCAGACAAAGUCUAAGCUUUAUUUGAUCCUGGAUUUUGUAAAUGGAGGUCAUCUCUUCUUUCAUCUAUACCGCCAGGGGAUUUUCAGUGAGGAUCAGGCAAGGUUUUAUACCGCUGAGAUUGUAUCUGCUGUUUCACAUCUUCACAAGUGUGGGAUCGUUCAUCGAGAUCUUAAACCCGAAAAUAUUCUCGUGGAUGCUGAUGGGCAUGUUAUGCUCACUGAUUUUGGACUGGCCAAGGAAAUUGACGAAUCAAGCAGAUCAAAUUCAAUGUGUGGGACCACAGAGUACAUGGCUCCAGAAAUUUUACAGUCCAAAGGCCACAAUAAGGAUGCAGAUUGGUGGAGUAUCGGGAUACUAUUAUAUGAAAUGCUAACAGGGCAGCCUCCUUUUACACAUGCAAAUAGGCAGAAGCUCCACCAAAGAAUUAUCCAAGAGAAAGUGAAACUUCCACCAUUCCUUAGUACCGAAGCUCACUCGUUACUCAAAGGGCUGCUGCAGAAGGAACCAUCAAGAAGGUUGGGCAGCAGCCCUAGUGGAGGGGAUGAGAUAAAAAAACAUAAAUGGUUUCGGUCAAUCAACUGGAAGAAAUUAGAAGCUAGAGAAAUCCAGCCAAAGUUUAAACCAGAUGUGAGUGGAAAGGACUGUACAGCCAACUUUGACCAGUGCUGGACAACAAUGCCCGCAGAUGACUCACCGGCCUCCACACCAACAGCAGGUGCACAUUUUGAGGGGUAUACUUAUGUGGCACCUAACCCGUGGCUUUCUUCUAAAUGAAUUAGAGGGCUCAUACCAGACUUAUAUAUUUCUAUGUAAAUUUAAUGUUUAUAAUGGGGAAAUAAGAAAUAAAUAAAAAAAUUGCCUA